UGGGUUGCAAAUGAAGCGUAUUGUUUUCGUUUCCUGUUGAAAACCGAGAUGGGUGGCGGCACUCUUUCGCGUAGGCGGAGGAGGGUUAAAUUACCGUACCUCCGGGGUGACGCGUCAGGAAUGUAAACUUUACGGGGGAGAUUUGAGGAAGGUUUGGGAGUCCUGUCGGCCCAGUAUGGCACCAAAUCUUGCCGCUAGCUGCCUUGCCGAGACACAUGAUAGGAAAAACUGUUCCAGAUAAAUAUUGGUUGAUUGAAAGCGUCUUCAAAAAUCCGUCCAGUCAACAACCCAACCUUCCAUCAUGGCCUUCACCGGUAGCAGCCUCCCGUCCCCCACAGAGAUGACCAUUGCUUCCCUGCGCAACUCUCUGGACAUCUUACAGAUAGAGAAUACCAGCUUAAAGGCCGACCUGGAACGUGAACGUGGUGUCAUAAGACACAUGCACCGUGACCAGUUUGCAAAGAUAAAAGAUCUACGGGACCAGGAACAAAAGAAUGUGUCCAUGAAGGUAGAAGCUGUGAAAAAUCAGCUUCAGCUGGAGAAAGAGCAGGAGCUUGCCAAACUACGGGAAUCUUUGAACAAGGAGCACAAUGCAGAGGUCCAGAAGAUAUUAAGACAGAAGGAAAAUGAGAUGAGACAGAUGCAGGUCAUGUUUAACAGAGAAAAGUUAGAGCUGCAGACUCGUCUGAACGCUGCUCAGAAGGGGGGAGCAAACACUGACAGGUUAAACAGCAACGUAGAAGCAGAGAAGUCUCGACUGCAACAGGAGAUCACCUCCUUAAAGGAAGCCAAGAAGAAGCUUGAGGGGGAGCUGAGCUCGAUGACUGCAGCUGACAGACAGAAGGCUGGAGAACUCAGGCAGGCUCACGACCAGCUACAGCAGCAAGCAGCCAAGCUCAGGAAGGAGGCAGACCAACAAGUCCGCAGACUGAUGACUGAGAUGAAGAGCAGAGAACAUGUGAUAGAACAGCUGGAGAAGGACCUGGACAGCCAGGCAGGGCAGGCUGAGAGGCUGCGGGUGGAGAGAGAGGAGAUGGAGAGACAGAUGCAGCUGGGCAGUACCUCACCUGACAGGACAACCUCACCCAGGAGAAGGGCAGGGUCUGUGGAGGGAUCUGUAGAGGAGAAAGAUCAGAUGAGAAAGAUUUGGAAACUUGAGGGUGACAAGACCACUAUGGCAAAACAGGUAAAGGAUCUGGAGAGUCAGGUGCGGCCACUGGUGGACAAGAACCAGCGUCUGGAGAGAAAACUGGACGAGCUGGCGGGGACGGUCAAGAGGAAAGAUGAGGAGAACCGCAGACUGAGAGAACAGCUGGACAUAGUUGACACACGGUUACGUAAGGAGGCGGCCACCCGCAGCCGGACCAACUCUCAGUCCAGCCUGCCCACUGACGACCUGGAGCAGCUGAAGAGCACCAUCACAGACCUCAAGAGACACAUAGCUGACAGUGAGAAAAGGAGAGAGCUGGUUUCACUCAGGAAAAAGAAAUCCAAACUCCCCAGUCCCAGGAAGAAAGGAGCCAAGUCCCGUGGUGUGGUGGAGACGUACUUUGGUUAUGACGAGGAGGCCAGCGUGUCCUGGGAUUCAGAGUCCUCCUUCUCUGUUGACACCAAUUCUGAACUGGACAUCUCUUUCUCUGAAGAUAGUUCAGUCUUUGGUUCAGAGACACCUGAAAAGGACAAGCUGGAGGCGUCCAUGCAGCAGCUGACUCAGGAGCACCUGCAGCUGCAAAGGGCAUUCCAGCUGCUGCAGGAGCACCUGGCAGCUACCACAGAUGUGGAGAGGGAGGGGAAGAUGCGAGCCCAGCUGCAGAAUGACCUGCUGUCUGCCCAGGCUAAGAUUGAGGACCUGCAGCGAGCGCUGAGCACACAGGGGCAGGACACGGGGUGGGUGGAGGAGAAGGAGAGACUCAGCCUGGAGAACAGACAGCUACAGGACAGGAUACACCAGUUAGAAGGUGUGGAGAAGCAGCUGCAGCACCAGGUGUUGGACACAGAGGAGCAGAUGGAGCUGCUGGAGUUCCGUAUCCUGGAGCUGGAGGAGAAGGAGCGCUCCUCCCCACUCCUCAAGGGGCCUAAGGACUUUGUUUCGGGAGAGAAGACCUCAUCAGUAGAUGGUGCCAAGCGCCAGUUUGCUAACAGUGAUGAUGACUACAGUGCCAUACAGAGAUUGUGCAAUGAUGAGGGCUUGCAGGACAUCAAUGUGUUUGAGAUGAAGAGAAAGUUAGAAGACGUCACACAGAAAGAGGAUUUGGAUUCUGAGGAACAGCUUGUUCUGCUGCAGGCCAGGACAAUACUAGACCUGGUGGAUAAGAAACUGAAAGACUGGAGAUCAUUAGAAGAUGACCUCGGACAUACAGUAAAGAAACUGACAGAGGAAAAGACUGUCCUGACCAAGCAGAUGUCCCAGAGUGAAGAUGAUCACGGGGCAACACAACAGCACCUACAGGCAGCUAACCAGAGAAUUAAGGAGUUGGAAGUCCAGACAGUUGCUGAAGCCCAGUCUGCUCGGGAGGCCACUGCGACUGUGAUCCAGUCUCUAGAAGACGAGAACGCCCAGCUGAAACUCAUGGAGGCCAAGGCCAGGGCAGAGAAGGAUGUUGCCAGGCAACAGGCAGACAAGCUGGAAGGAAUUGUGGAGGAACUGAAGCAGAAGCUGCAGAGUUCAACCCAAGGUCGCACCUACGAGAACGAGCUUCUGUUUCAGAACCUGGACAAACUCAAGGAGGCCCAGAAGAGACUGUCUGACUUGGAGCAGGAAGAGGAGAGACACAAGGCCUACAUCAAACAGCUGGAAGACAUCAGGGCUAGUUAUGAGUCUGACCCAGAGUCCCCCCUGGCACUGUCAUCAUCAGAUGUGCUGCAGAAGAUAACGGAAUUGGAGACCAGGAGAAAAGAAUUGGAGAAUAUUCCUCAUGAGGACACCUCAAGUCUUAAGGAAAGAAUUCAAGACCUGGAAGACAGUGAGAGAAAACUUAAGGAGAAGGUUGAUGAGUUGUCUGUCCAGGGUGAGUCCUUAAAGGAGGAGAACUCUCAGCUGAAGGAAAGAGUGGAAUUACUAGAAGGCAGUGAUAAGGAGCUGCGGGGCUUGGUGGAGGAACUGUCCACAUCAGAGGUCUCACUUAAAGCAGAAAACUCAGAACUUAAAGAAAAUAUUCUCAAACAGUCAGAAAGUUCCUUGCAGGAUAUUGAUGGACAGAAAGAGAGAAUAGAAGAUUUAGAGGAAAACGUCAACAGAUAUAAGGAGCUUAUUGACAGGCUUACAGACUCAAGCAGUAAACUUGAGGUUGAAAAUGCUGAUCUUAAAGAAAAGCUACAAGACCUUGAGGUGCAGAAACAUUCUGUUGAAGACAGCACUGCCACAACAAAUCCAACAAGAAGUAUUGACUCAGAAAAUAGAAUACGCAAAAUAGAAGAGGAAAAUAGAAAAAUCAAGGCCCAAGCAGAGGAUCUGGCUGCCAGAGAAAGCAUUCUACAAGAAGAAAACCACAACUUGAAGGAGAUUAUUGAAGACAUUGAAAAGCAGGCCAGUGAGUUCAAGGAAAUGAUGGAGAAGAUGACUGCAUCAGAGAAACGUCUUGAGGACAAAAAUGCCAAACUCAGGGAUGAAGUUUCCAGGCUGAAGUCUGUAGAAGAGGAAAAUGACAGAUUAAGAAUGGAGGCCAAGAAACACAACAAUACUCAAGAAGAGUUGACACAUGCAUUAGAAAGUGUGAGGGCUGCUGAAGUUGAGCUAAAGAAGGAGUGUCUGAGCUUAAAGGAAAAAAUCUGGCUUCUAGAAGAGAAAGAGACAACUCUGAAGGAAGUUGUCAAAGACUUCAAGACCACAGAGGGUGACCUUCAGGAGGAGAACAACAGACUGAAGGAUGAACUUGAAGAUCUUCAGGAAACUAUGAAAGAGUUGGAGAUUGCAGGGAGUAGUUUGCCUGGGUUUAGUUCAGAAGGCUCAAGAGCGAGAGGCAGCUCCAUGGACCUCGAUGAAGAUGAGACAGAGUUGUGGAAAAAACUUGAGAAUUGGGAGUUCAAGAGAGACAGCAAUUCAUCUGCCAAUACUACAAAGGUAUCUGAGGAGAAAGAGACACAGACAGAGGCUGAAGAUGUUACUCCUCUUGCCAUGCCAACAAGGGUUCCUAUUCCUGUGGAAGACAAAGAGACACAGACAGUAAACGUAGCAAAGGAAGUGGAACCUGAUCUCAGGAAGACUAGUAUGACAAUUAGGAUUCCAAAGAUUUUGGAGGAAAAAAACAUACAGACAGAAGGACAGGAAGAGGACAACAUAAUUACAAAUGUUGAGAAAGAGAAUGUCAGGCUGAUGCAAAAGAUAAGGGAGCUUGAGGAUUCCCUGAGGUCAUCUGCAGGGCAGGAUCAGAGCAGUCCACUCCCUGAGAAACCAGAGGAGCCCAAGGUUGGAUAUGGGUUUGCUCACUUUUGGCCGGAUGUCAGCGAAAGUGCCAAGAAGAGGAUCCGUGAGCUUGAAGCCAGCAAGUACGCCUUACAGGAGGAGCUUGAGCGGGUCAGGAAGUGUGAGUCUCACCUCCGUACUAGGAACACUGAGCUGGAAACAUCCAUACAUCUGCUCAGCGCAAACCUGUCCAGAGCACAGGAGGGGAAAGACCAGCCAGAGGACUAUGAAAGUUUCAAAGAGGACCAAGAGCAACAGGAGUGUGCUAUUGGCACUUUGGAGAUGGCCACCAUGGUGUUUGAACAGAAACUGGCCCAUCAGAAGGCAAUAGGAGAUGGGCUGGAUCGUGCGAUAUUUGGAGUUGAUCCUGCAGAAUGCAGGAGAGUAAACUGUCCUCUGCUGGGGAAGCACCAUCAGCUGCUGCAGGAAGAGGAGCGGCUGAAACUAAAGAUUAAAGAACUGGAGGUAACAGUCACAACAUACAAAGAGCAGCUGAUUUUGUUGAAAGGUGCAGAAAAGGACGAUCUCUUACAGAAAGUGUUGGACCUUGAAGUUCAACAAAAAAGUCUUACAGAAGAAAACAAAGUGAUGGCAAGAGAAUCAGAAGCAUUGCGAAUCCAGGUUUCAGAUCUGAAGGCAGCAGAAGAAGACUGGAGAAUGAGGGUCCAGGAACUGGAGGGGAUCGGACAGAGUGGUACUGAGAGCGAGAGUGAGAGCCAUGCCAGACGCACGAUCAAAGAGUUGGAGAUGUCUGAAAGAAGGCUACAGCUAGAGUUGGAGGAAGCAAAGGCAACAGCUGAAACUCUGAAAGAUAGGGUCUUGGAACUGGAGAGAAUCGAAAGGGAGUUACGAGAAGAAUUGGCAAAAACAAAGCAGGAGAGAGAUGAAGCUACUGAGAAUGACAAGUCUUUGUCAAGAAGGAUCCAUGAGUUAGAAGAGUCUGAAUCCCAGUUGAGGAGUAGACUUACAGAUGCGGAGGCAAAGGAAAUGGUACUGACUGAAUCCCUGAACUGUGCUAAUGAGAAGGCAAGAGAACUAGGUGAAUCACUUAAGUGUGCAAACACUAAAGUUGAUGAACUUGGUGAAGCUGCGAGAGACUUCACAGACAGAGAGGCAAAGCUGGCUGAACGUAUUGGGACACUGGAGAAGUCAGAACAAGAGUUGAUGGAAAAACUUGAGAAAGUGAACUCUGAAUCUCAGCCUGAAGACCAAGGGCAGUCAGAGGACCUUCUAGUAGAAAGAGUUGCUGAGCUGGAAGCUUCAGAAGCUGCCCUGCAGGAACGUGUUGAAAUUCUGGAAAAGUCUGAGAAGGACUUAUUGGAGAAGCUUGAUAAGGCCAAUGCCAUUGCAGAGCAGAGCAGUGAGGUUGAAAAUGAAGUACAACAUCUAAGAGAGCAAGUCAGGGACUUUGAACAAGCUGAAAUGCAACAUAAGGAAAGGAUUUCUGGCCUUGAGGCUUUGGAAGGAUUUCUUCCUCAGCCUGUUGAGAAAUCUGAACAAGACUUGACAGAGAAGCCUGAAAAAGCUGAUGACAUGUCAGAGCUACAUGAUCUAAGCAGUGAAGCAGGAAGUGACUUGCAGUCAUUAAGAAGGCAGUUGAGUGACUUUGAAGAAACAGAGGCUCAGCUGAGGGAAAGGAUCGCUGAGCUGGAAGCUUCAGAACAAGCACUUCAAGAACGUGUUGAAAUCCUGGAGAAGUCUGAAGAAGAGCUGAUGGAGAAGCUUGAAAAAGUCAGUUCCAUUAGUCAGCCUGAGGAUCCAGGGAGUGACCCAGGCAGUGAAUUACAGUGGCUUCGGAGUCAGCUGAUUGACUCAGAGGAAACAGAGACACAGCUGAAGGCCAGAAUCGCAGACCUGGAGGCUUCAGAAGAUGCUCUCCGUGAGACGCUGGGACAGGCUGACAGCAUCAUGAGUGAGAGGGAGGCUGGCUUUAAGGACCAGAUUGAAGUACUGCACCUCACACAGGUCAAGCUUAAGGAAAGAAUCUUUGAGCUUGAGACAUCCGAGGAAGAGCUCAAGGAGCAGCUGUUUGAGUUUGGGGUAGUCUUUGAUGACGGUGAUCUGAAUAAGAAGAAGGAAAGAAAAAAGUCAGUGCAAAACCAGGAAACAGAAGGAGACUCUCUGGCAGAUGAGAUCGGGAAACUGCAGGGUACAGAAGACAUGAGUGCAGCUGAGUCCUUCACAGAGAGUGCUAGAUUAGACAAACAUGAAGUCAACUGGGAGAACAAGUGCAAGGAGCUAGAGGCAGAAGAACAGCUCCUCUCAGAAAAAUGUAAAAUCUUGGAGGAAUCUAAAGCAUCGCUGACACAGCAGGUCAAGGACCUUCAAGGUUCUGAAGAAAACCUGAAGCAAGAAGUUGAGAUUCUCAAUGAUGUAAAUGGCUCCUUGGAGAAGGAGCUAGAAGACCUGAAAACAUCAGAAAAAGCUCUGAAGGAUGCAGUUAAUGAGUUGCAGCAAGAAAAUGGAAACCUCAAAGAUAAGAUCAAAGAGCUGGAGCAGUCAGAAGUCUCUUUGAAGCAUAGAAUGAGUGACUUUGCCAAUACUGAGGAGACAAGAACAAAGCCAAGUGAGAAUGAGGAGGAUUUAAGUGAGCUACUAGAAAAAGUAAUCCAGGAGAAGUCAGACCUAGAAGAGAAAGUUCAAGAACUUGAGGCAUCAGAGAAGUUGCUAAGGGAUAGAUUACAGGAGCUCCAGAAUGCAGACGAAAGUGGGCAACAAAAUAAAGAGGACGAAGAACAGAGUCUGGCAUUGGAGAAUUCUGAGCUGAAAAUGAGAAUACAGGAGCUCGAGGAGGCAGAGACCGCACUGAACAAGAGGGUCCUUGACCUCAGGAAUGCAGAAGCAAAGAAACAGCACACUGUUCCAGAGGUGGAGAGAGAGAAUGCAGAACUGAAAGCCAGGCUGCAGGGAGUUGACUCCGGUGGGUUAGAUGAUACAGUAGCUGAGCUGCUGAAGGAGAAGGAGGAGCUGGAGAGGAAGGUUCUGGAGCUAGAGGAGAAGGACCUUCAGCAGCAGGAGAGGAUUCUGGAGAUGGAGAUGGGAGCACAGCCUUCUGAUACAGAGGAACAGACAUCCUCCAAUCAACAGAAAAGGUUAGCAGAAUUGGAGGAGGAAUUGCAAGAUGCCAAAAAGAGAGUGCAGGAGCUUGAAGGAAGUGAGCAGGCUCUACUGGACAGACUGGAUGAACUUGAGUACCAGCAGGAUGGUACUGACAUGGUACAGCUGCCCAGGGAUGAGCUGGACAGGCUAAAGGCUCAGGUACAGCAACAAGACAGUACUGACAUGGUGCGGCUGCCCAGGGAAGAGUUGGACAGGCUAAAGGCUCAGGUGUCACUCCUGAGGGAGACAGAGGACAAACUGGAUGACCUUGAAGAGGAGGAGGAAGAGCUCAGGGACAGAAUACAGCAUUCAAGACAAAGUUCCAGGAUCAACAGUCAAGCCUCAAAGCUCCAAAAGAAUUUUGAGGCCCUCCAGCAGGAACAUGAGGAACUGCAGGCUCAGGUACAUCAGCUCAAGACCAAGUUGAGGGAUGCUACAUUAGCCGGACCUGUCAGUGAUGUUCGGAACAAGCGCAUACAGACGGAUCUUUCCUGGAUGGACAUCACUGUAGACCAGCAUGGCCGCGCAGUGGUGGCAGAGCCGGAGAUCCCCCGCCCCGUCUCCAGCCCGGCGCGGUCCCCCCACACGGUCGGCAGGCUGAGCCCGGAGCAGCUGGACCAGGAAGUACAGAACUUGGUAAACGCUCUCCCGGCGGGCGAAGCCUUCAUGGAGGCCGUCCCAGACGGGCUUGUGCAUUGUGAACUGGUGAUGGUGGAGGAGGAUGAAAUAUCCCCGUCCUUGGUGCAGGAUCCCAUGAAGAAUGUGGACAUUAGGAACCUGCUGGAACAAAAGCUACAACAGAAGCCUGUCUCCCGCGGCAUUCCUCCCCUCCCCACCUCCACUCCGCCACACUUCCGACCUCGCUCGGGAUCCCAGGUAUCCCAGCAUACCAUGGGGGAUGUGUCAGACAUGGACAGUGAAGCCGAAGCUCCGCCCCUCCCCAGCUCUGCCCCGCCUCCCACCCGCCCCAGAGCGCAGACGACAGAGUCCGAAGGGUCCGAGGCUGGGGCCGUCCCUACCAUACAGACCUCCCCUCCAACCCCCCCUCCCCAGGAGUUCCCUCAGCUGGGUUCUGUGGCUGCCAAGGUCGCCACCUUUACCUCACCACAGGACGAUGCUGGUUCUGAUACUGAUCAGGAUGGGGAAGACCUCCCAGAGGAAGGUGCUGUUGCAGCCCGUGUAGCAGCAUUUGAGGCACAAAGUCCGCUGAAGUCCCCAGGAGAUGGGAGCAUGCCAGACAGUGGGCUAGGGAGGACACUACUGGGAGCAGACAGCAGCCUGGACACAACAGCUACUCCUCCCACUGGGCUGUUUGAUCCUCAGGAGCAAAUCAACAAGUGGGUUGAAAACCGUCGUCAGCGUAAGGGUCUGUCUCGUGGCUUCACUGUUCCGGUGGGGACCAGGCGCAGGCGGUUCUACGACAGGAGUGAGGAGAACAGCCUGGCAGACGAUCCACCUGCACAACCUGCGGAGGAUGGUGCUGAGGAUCAAAAUGUGAGGGAGUUACAGGAAACAAUUGAACAACUGCAGAAGAACAACCAGGUGAAAGAUGAUGCUCUGAAGAAUCUUCAGAAGGCCUUAGAAGAUUUACAAGGAGAAGUGAAGGACAAGGAAGAUCAGUUGGAUGAUGUCAGUAAGGCAGAGAGACAGCUGCAGGAAGAUAUCAAGAAACAUGCUCGAGACCUGGCACAUGGGAGGGAGGAGAUCCAGUACCUGGAACAGACCCUGAGAGACAAGGAAGAGGACCUCCGGAAGCUGCGUGAGGAUCAGAGACAGUUAGAGAGAGAUCUCAGGGCCAAAGAAGAUGCCAUGGCAACUUCUACACAAAUGAGAGAAAAGGUACUUGGUCAGGAAAAGGAACUCCAUGAAAAGGAUGACUACUUGCAGAACUUGGAGAAACAGUGUAGGGAACUGAAACAAGAGGUGGAAAGGUUGAGGCGUGAGCUGGAGAAGAAAGAACGUGACAGUGAUGUUACCUACUACAAGGCCCAGGCACAGAUGAAGGAAGGAGAGAUCCGCCAAAAGGACGAGGAGCUGCACAGGCUGAGAACAGAGAACAGAAAGUUGGAGGGUGAAGCCCAGCAGGCAGACAGACAGUGCCGUAAGCUGCAGAAGGAGAAGGAGGGCCUGCAGGCACAUGUGGCACGGCUGCAGCAGCUAGAGCACAGGUGUGCAGAGCUGCAGAAACUACAGGACACCCUCAAGAAGGAGAAUGACCAGCUGCUGAGGAAGGCAGAGAAGCUGCAGAAGGCGGAGCAGGAGAUCAACCUGCUGCGGGAAACUGUGGCAACCCUGCGGGCACACCUGCGGGACAUCGAGGCAGUCGACAAGGAGAAGGAGGAUCUCAGGGCCAGGCUGGACGCCAUCUCGGACCUAAAACAGAGGAUGGAAGCCAUCCCGACCAGUGACUAUGACACGGACCAUCCCAGUAGAAGCUCCCCCUACAUGAUGACCCGUACUCUCCCUGCAGACCUCAACAUGAAGGAUUUUCCUGCCAGAACUCCUGGUGCCCCUACAGACAGCAACACUGCAGACAUGGAUGAGGUGUCCAGUAUCAUUGACCUUGAGGUCAGGACAGCCUUGGCUCCUUUACAGGCGAAGGUAUCCCGCAUGCGUGUGAAGUGUCGUGAGAGAGAUGUGAUGAUCAUGACCCUGCUGGAUGAGCUGCAGUGCACUGUGGACCCUGAUGUAACGAUCAUGCGCACAGCUGAAGACCUGGCAUCAGAGAUGUUGGAGGAGUAUGAUGAACCCAUCAGCCCCAUCUCUGGGAGCAUGGGCAAUCUUUAUAGCUAUGCAGCAUUUGGGUCAUCCUCAGAACGAAGCUCUGGUCAGGCUGACAGUGGUAGAGCAUCAGACAACAGUAGGAGACAGAUGGUUCGACACAGUACCCCCACCACUGGUGCAUCUACCUCCCCCAGUGGUGGUACCAGGUCAUCACCCUUGUUGGAUGAUAUUGACGUCCUCCCCACGCGGCUAGAUAAUGGACAUGCCAUCAGGGAUGACCUGGACCUGGUGCCUGUACGAAGGAAAAGGAAACAGAGGCCAAAGUUGACUGCAGGUCAGUCCAGCCCUGAGCAGAUGUGGGAGCUGCACCAGACCCUACAGGAUACACACACCAACAACUAUGAUGUGCCGUUCCUGCCUCUCCCUCUCCCCAAGCUGGAUUCUCCUGAUCGCAGGACAAGGAGACCUCGAACUUCCCCCAAUUCAGAUGGCGAUAGAAACAAGCAUGGCAGAGACAAGACCCCACACCAUAGUGGAGCAAGGUCUCACAUGUCAAGAUCUCAGCAAAAUCCAAAGCGAGCCGGCACCCAUUCUUCACCACAAGAUGCAUUAUCCAGAUCACAUGGACCAAACUGGUAUCCACCCCCACUGAAUGAUGGUAGCUCCCCACUAGCGUUAACCAAUGGAAUUGCAGAACUUGAACUAACCAAUAACCAUGGAGUACCAAGUCUUGCCAAUGGAAUGCCAUCAUCUUUGUUGACCAAUGGACAUAGAGUGCCUCCUGUGACCAAUGGGGUCCCAGCUUCCUUGCUGACCAAUGGACAUGGAUCACCACAUCUGGCCAAUGGACUGCCAGCUUCCUUGUUGUCCAAUGGCUUUGGAGGUGACAGAGCCCGACAUGGCAGUGGUGCUAGUGGCAGCUGGCUGACUGUCUCCAGCACUGCUGAUGCUUUGUCAACUGUCUCCCAGACGACAGCUUCCCCACGGCAACAAGGUCCCCCUCAGCCUCCCUCUGACCUGAGGAUCCUCCGUGCUGUGGGCAAGUCCUCUGUACUGGUGGGCUGGACACUGCCUCCAAUCGAUGACAUGGGAAACAGCAAUGGGGUCCAAGUGUCAGGUUACAAGAUCAAGGUAGAUGGAGAGGAAACUCAAGUGGUGCCCAGUUCUCAUGUCAGCAAGGCUCUAGUGGAGGGGUUGGAUCUGACAGUGCCAUUCAUCCUGAGUGUACAGACCAUGUCCACAGAUAGGCAGCUGUCAGACAGGGUGGAGGUAGAGUUCACUGACCUCCAGGAGCCACCAUCUGUACUGACAUCGUCACGUCCCAGCUCCGCUAUGUCUGAGGAUACAUCAGUUUACUCAGACCCUGUGAUAGAGGAACCACCUCGCCUGUACCUGGCAGUGUACAACUAUAGUCCCAGCAGGAACUCCCCCAACCACUACCCUGAGGACGAGCUGGGGCUGCGAGAAGGGGACGUUGUCACGGUGUUCGGCCCUCUGAGGGAGGACGGCUUCUACGAGGGAAAAGUAGACGGCAGGAGAGGCCUGGUCCCAGCCAGCUUCCUGGAGGAAAUCUCUACAUCUCAGGACAGACCUCCAACAGACACACACAGAAAGCAGAGAAGAUCACCCAGUAAGAGACAGGUGUCCAAACAGAAGGAGGGUCAUCGGGGGUCUCGACGUCAGGGUGCUACAACACACAAAGACAGGAGACAGAGAAUUGUAUGAUGUGUGAUGUCGAAAGGAAUGGGAAAAUGCAAGUCUUCCAAAGGACCAAAUUCUACCAUGGUGCAAGGAAACAGAUAUUCUGGUGUAUUUUUACUAUCGCUGCAGUAAUGUAACACAUCUAUGUGUAUGAAUUUAUUUAUAAAGAAAAUAAUGCACAAUGUCUUUGUUGUUUGUAUUUGUAAUUGGUCAGAUAAUUCUAAUCUAUACUACAAGGUACAGUGUAUAUGACAUAAAGUAAUCAGACUUGAUGGUUCCAGCAUAAAUUGGUCAUUUUUUGUCGAGCUACAUAACUCCCUGUCAGAAAUGUUUUCAGUGAUCUAUAAUUGUACAUUGUAAUUGUCAGCAAAUCAUAUGACAUGAGGAAUUUUGUAAAUUUUACUUUUAACUCCAAGUUACCUCAGAAAUUACUAGUCUUUCAUUAUUACAUGUACAUGUAUGAGAUUUUUUUCAAGGGAUGGCCCAAACUUUCUCAAGUAUUGUAACCAUACUUUUUUUUUUACAUUUUUGAUGUAGUGAAAGGCAAAAAUUUUAGAUUUGCCAAAUAUCAUACUAUCAAUUUCAUGGAUUUAAGAAUCUUUGUCAUAUUUGUGUAGAUCACUAUGCCUUUUCACAGUAAAAAGUACAGUGUAUUCUCAAAAGAAUAAUGUUCUAAUUAGUCAGAACACUGGAAGCAGCACACAGUUAUAAGGAAUACUUCUACUUUUGUAUGUAACCUGUAUAGAUCUAAGGGUUGUAGAGGUACCACAAAUAGGUAUUUUGUACAUGUGAAGUGCAGUUGUGAUCCGUCCAAGUUGUACAUUUGCACUUGUAUGUAAUGGCAAUGACUUAAGGUCAGAGAAAGGGUAUGGUGUUUUGACAGAAUCUCUUUGUAUGUAAAAAUUGUAUACAAUUCUCUCCCCAGUCUUAUGAUAGCAAAAUCUUUUACUGAUGUAUAUUUUACAAAGAUCAAGCUAUAAAUUGCAUAGACAAAACAUUGUAAUAUGUUGAAUACUUUAGAUAUGAUUUUUAUUUUUUCAUUCAUAUAAGUUAUGACUAAGUCAUCUUAAGGAUAAACCUAGGUAUUUCAAAAUAAAGCCAUGGCAAAGAACA